AUGACCGCGCUGCUCGCCCAGCGCCUCGACGAGCUCGCGCUUGCGAACAAGGAUGGGCUGCUGAGUGACGAUGAAUACCGCUUGCUGCGCCAGAGCGCGUUCGAGCGGUUCACGCAGGAUGGGCAGGCCGAUCUCCCAAAGGAGGCGCAUGUCGUGCCCGUUAUGUCCCUGCAGGUCCCUCAGCACAGACCGCACGCGUCGACCUCCCUCCCUGGUGUGUACGAGCCCGAAUAUCUGCAGAAGAUGCGUCUGAUCGCCCCGUAUGCAGAAACCCGCGCACCCUCCCCGCAUCGCGUCGAGUUCUCCCCUCAUUCACCCCGCCCGCAUUCGAUGAUGUCCAUGAAGAGCGAUGCGGUGCUGUCUGCUAGUGGAUCUACUCCAGGCAAGCCGGCAGAGAGGAACAAGGUCGCAGGCCUGAUGCGCCGUGCCACCUCGCGCAGGCGCCUCAAACCUGAUCAGCCACCGAAAGACGAUGACGGCAAGAAGGGCUCGCGCUUCGUUUCCGGACUGACCAAACUGCUCUCUCCACGCAAAGAGCGGCGCAGCAAGUCAGUCGAUCCUGGGCCACGGCGCGGUCCGCCAAGCAGUGUCAGGACGAAACGCGCUUCCUCGCCUGGUAGUCCAAGCAAGGCAUCCCGACGGACGGCAGGUCCGUCGGAGCCAGGGAGUCCCACGAGCCCAACAUACCCAACAUCUCCUAAAACGCGCCCGUCGAUAUUCUCCACCUCCACGCACGCCUCCUCCAAGGGCUCCCUCUUCUCCCUAGGAUCGCCUCUGAAGGCAUCCCGCAAGCCUUCCUUCUCCCGCAGACCCUCCUCCUCUCGAAGCAAACCCUCCUCCAUCGGGCUGUUUUCCAACUCCGCGUCUACUUCUGCCUCGAAUGGAUCUCCGACAAAAGCCAUCUCCUCCCGCUCGACCGCCCUCACCCCCGAGCUGCUCGCCGCCCUCCUGACCGACGAGACGAAUCUUGCGGAGGCCCGGCCUGCGGAGAUCCGCCGCGCGAUCGACGGGGUCGAGGAGGAGCGCCGCGUCGUGCUCGAUGCGUUCGAAGGCCUCGAAAUGAGCGUGCUGGCCAGGAUGCAACGGCAGGGCCAUCUCAGCUCGCACGCCGGCGCGUGGACGGCGGAGUGGGGUAUCCGACGGACGAGCGUGCCGCAGAGCGCGAGCACACCCCUCCAGCCGCCGGCGUCGCCCCUGCGGCUGUCCGUAGCGGCCCCGGCCAGGAUGCGCGCGAAUUCGUCCCCGAGGCGGCCGACGCAUGCGAGGGCGCGGCUGGGGUCGACGGCGGGGCAGUCUUUUGUGUCGACAGCGGGACAGUCCUUCGUAUCGACAGCGGGGCAAUCAUUUGUGUCGACGCAGUCACAUAUAUCCGCGUCAGCUACAGGAAUGCCGCGUCACUCCAGGCAGCAGGGCUCCAUCACAUCUAUGGUAUCCUUCAGUGCGCCCUCUGGCGAUGCGGAAGAGGAUGACCGUUCAAUGGACGAACUCGAGGACGUGCGCCGCCGCCGAGGAGAGGUCGUCGCGCGGUACGAGGCGCGGCUGGAGUACCUGAGGGCCCUGAUGAGGGGUGCGGAGAUCAGGGAGCGGGUGAGGAGGUAG